AUGACAUUUGUGUUCGAGGCUAGAAGGCUGCCUUUUGGCACGUUUCCAGUAGCCCAAAUUCUCUCUGAGUGCAAUGGAAACCCGAAUCACAGCGAUGGCUGUCCAAGUUUCAACGACGAAGCGCUAGAAGGUCUUCCUGCGUGGAAGCGACGACUUAUCCCUCCAGUUAUCGAUGUGGUGAGGAAGCAUUACGGGAAAGACGGUGGAAAUGAUGAGGCAUCUUCCCUGUCAUGUUGGUCGGCGGUGUUGAGCAUUGUAGAUGAGCUGCAGGAGUUGGAGGCGGCUUACGCACGAAUGAUCGAAUACCGUGAGCGGCAGCGGAGGGGGGAAAAAACAGCUGAAGAGUGUAUGCUCGAGGAGUUGCUGCGUGAACGCAUUGGAGAUGAUUUCAUGCGUGGAAGGCAUACCAGGGGCGGGAGUAAAGGAGGUGACGGGUGUGAGUCUUCAUCAGGUAGCGAUGAAGAUGUCUAUGAGGACGCAGAUAUUGCUAUGUGCUUCAACACCGACGGCACUGUUGUGGGUAUUGGCUCUGCCGGGCUGUUUGGGGGCCACGGCUACCACCUUCAUCCUUCAGGUCAAUAA